GUGUGUUAGUCUAGGUUGUGGGGCCGCCACGGGCACCCGUGGGGCUCUGCGUGGGUGUGUGCUACGCUUCACGCCGGGCACCCGCCCUUGUCGGGACGAUGAGCUCAUAGCGGCCUGAAGGAAGGGGCCGCGGCUCCGGCUGGGUCCGUGUGCACAGGGACGCCCUCACGCUGAGCACACGCACACGCACGAGUCCGCGAAGUCAGUGGGGUACCUUCCCCCCCCCCCCUCCACCGCUCCUGCGCAUGUGCGUGUCUGCGGACGCCGCACUCCCGCGACUCUGAGUUCACAGCAAUCCGGCCCCGGUCCCGACUCCGCCCAGUGUUUGUGCGGCUCAGGCCCCGCUCACUGGCGCAGAGGGGCCGGGCUUGUAGGAGCCGCAUCCCCGAGGUCGGGUUGGGAGGACGGGCUGGGGCCGGGGCCGGUGCCAUGCUGGGCAAGGACUACAUGUUAGCUAUCAUCUUGGUCAACUGCGAUGAUGACUUAUGGGGUGACCAGAACCUAGAGGGAGAGCCAGGGUUGCCUCCUGGGUGGCGAAAGAUCCAUGAUGCUGCUGGCACCUAUUACUGGCAUGUACCCAGUGGCAGUACUCAAUGGCAGCGCCCAGUCUGGGAACCUGGGGAUUCCAUACCAUCUGACUCGGGUACAGAAGGGGCUUGGAGAUUACGACCCCCCAAAGGGAGAUCCUUCUCUAGCCUGGAAAAUUCACUGGACCGAAGGACUUCUCUACCCUGGUGUGGGGAAGAAACCUACAUCCGAAACAUGGAACCAGGCUCCAAGUGCUUUGCAGUACGAUCUCUGGGCUGGGUAGAGGUGCCGGAGGAAGACUUGGCACCUGGGAAGAGCAGCAUUGCUGUCAAUAACUGCAUUCAACAACUGGCACAGAGCCGGGGUCAAAGCCGCCCACCUGCUAGGGCCUGGGGUGAGGGUCAGAACAUGUUGAUGAUUCUGAAGAAAGACACUAUGAGUCUGGUGAAUCCCCUGGACCACAGCCUAAUCCAUUGUCAGCCCCUUGUACACAUCCGAGUCUGGGGUGUGGGCAGCACCAAUGGCCGGGACAGGGACUUCGCCUUUGUGGCGGGUGACAAGGACACCUGUAUGUUGAAAUGCCACGUGUUUCGCUGUGAUGUCCCAGCCAAGGCCAUUGCCAGUGCCCUGCAUGGGCUGUGUGCCCAGAUUCUGUCAGAGAGAGCAGGGGUGAAUGGUGACCCUCCUCGAUGUUCCUUGGACCCCAUCUCCCCUGAGGAUCUACCCAGGCAAGUGGAGCUUCUUGAUGCGGUGAGCCAGGCUGCUCAGCAGUAUGAGGCUCUCUACGUUGGGACCCUUCCAGUCAGCAAGGCCAUGGGGAUGGAUGUGUUGAAUGAAGCCAUUGGGGCCUUGACUUCUCAGGGGGACCAUCAUUCCUGGGCCCCAACUAUACUCAGCGUCUCUGACUCACUCAUGACUGCAUUGCCUGUCCAGGGACAGGCUGAGCUGGGUACAGAAGAAGAGCCCCUUUGGCAAUGUCCAGUACGACACGUGACCUUCAUUGGUGUUGGCCAUGACCCUCACACCUUUGGACUCAUUGCUGACCUUGGUCACCAACGGUUCCAGUGUGCUGCCUUCUGGUGCCAGCCCCAUGCCGGGGCACUCUCUGAGGCUGUUCAGGCUGCAUGCAUGGUACAGUACCAGAAGUGUCUUGUGGCCUCUGCAGCCCGAGGGAAGGCCCGGGGUGCCCAAGCACGGGCUCGACUUCACCUCAAGCGGACAAGCUCUGUGGACUCUGCAGGAGGACCCCUGCCUCUCCCACUACCCUUGCUCAAAGGUGGAGUGGGAGGUGCAGGGGCUGCCCCCCGUAAAAGAGCAUAGUAGUAUUCCAUCAAAAUCAUCUACCACAGCUUAUUUAGCCAUUCUCCAAAUGACGCAUCCCCUCAAUUUCCAGUUCUUUGCCAUCACAGGUAUUUGAGAAUGUAUAAGCCUUUUCCUUUUACCCUGACCACCUUGGGAAACAGACCUAACAGUGGUAUUGCUGGGUCAAAGGGUAUAUACACAGUUAAGGCUACACUACCCUUUUCGCCAGCGCAGCGCAAGCCGCGAGACCCAAUGAAAAGUGGAGUAUCCCGGCAGAGCCCGCCUCCGGAAGUGACGCAAUCACUGCCCCGCUGGCUGUGCGGAAGUGAGGCGAUGGCGGAUCUGUAUGUGAAGCCGGGGAACAAGGAUAGAGGCUGGAAUGACCCUCCACAAUUCUCUUAUGGGUUGCAGACCCAGGGUAGCAGUCUUAAGAGGACACCACUCACCAAGCGGGUUGCAGCUCCCCAGGAUGGUUCUCCAAAAGUGUCUGCCUCAGAGCCUUUUACUGGGGCUCCUCCUGUGGGACCGCCACCUCUCCUGACAAAGGCUCCAGGGCCCCCUCUUGGGGGAAGUUCUCCCUUGAGGUUGGAACCUGCAAGCUCCCCAGUCACUUGUGAAACUGUGCUGGAAGAUGUACUAGGACCCUUGGAACAGGCUUUGGAGGAUUGCCGGGCUCAUACACAGAAACAGGUCUGUGAUGACAUCAGCCGGCGCCUCUCCUUGCUUCAGGGACAGUGGAAGAGUGAGAAGCUGUCAGUUCCUGUGAGGAAGAGGAUGGCACUGCUGGUGCAAGAGCUCAGGAACCACAACUGGGAUGGAGCUGAUGACAUACAUCGAUCACUGAUGGUGGAUCAUGUGACUGAGGUCAGUCAGUGGAUGGUGGGAGUGAAAAGGUUAAUUGCAGAAAGGAGGAACCUGCCUUCAGGGGAAGCUGCUAAGGAGAAGCCUACUACUACAGAGGAGAAUCAGGAGGUCUCAAGCCUACCUCUAUGACUUUGUGACCCCCCCACCCCCUUAUUUUCUUCCCCAUCAGUUCCUAUUUUCCCCACUGUCCUAGACCUUGACCUAUCUCUGAAUGGGACCUGGUAGGGUUUGGGGUCCAGGGACUUAUGUUUGCUUGGCUUCCCUUAGCACCAGCAGGAGAUAGGGAAUUGGAAGAAGGGAAGGGAAGUUUUCCUUUGGCAGAGAAGCUGCUUCAACUCUAACUGCGACUUUGGCCUGACUCUGGGAGUGAAGACUGUGUAGGCAGUUCAUUGGUUGCUUCUGACAUUUGCAAUUAAAUAAAAACAUCGUGUCCAA